AUGGGGAUCGGGCUGUCCAAGAACGUCGCCAGCUUAUAUCAGAGCGGGAUCAAGUAUGAGGGCUAUAUCGAUACUCUGUACGAGCAGGGUCUUAUCGGAUCACGGGCGUAUAGCGUCUUCUUCAACGAGGCAGCAUCGACCGAUAAAGACGAAGGCGUCAUAAUCUUCGGCGGCUACGACAAAACCAAGUGGAUCGACGAGCUCACGCCAUUCCCCAUCGUCUAUCCAUCACCCAGAGGCGCCGCCGAGUUGAACAUCGAGGGACCGGUCAUCGAAAUCACCGUCGGCGACGAUACCUACGACCUGCCAACCCAGUCGUACACGGUCCUCCUCGACACCGGCAGCACAUACACGUAUCUUCCCAGACGGCAGUUCAACAUCCUAGCCACGGCACUGGACGCCGAGCUCGCCUACGAGGACUAUGACCUCUACGUUGUCUCGUGCGACUACAAGACGGUCGACGGUGGGCUAGAUUACACAUUCGACGGCCCCUCCGGCCGCGUGACGAUCUCGGUACCGUGGGAGCAAGUGGUUAUUGAAAACGAUGCCCUCCCCGACGACGUAUGCUUCCUGGGCUUCAUCCCAGAUCCGGACAACGAAGGGUUCUACGUCUUUGGCGAGACCUUCCUGAGAUCCGCUUACCUGCUGUACAACUACGAUGACUUGACGAUUUCGUUGGCCCAGGCGAGUUAUGAUACCAGCUGCGAUGAUUGCGCCGAGGCCUUGGAAAAGUGA